CGGAGCAAGACCUACUCAGCUGCGCGUGUGCGCGUGCGCGCUGGCGCUGCCGGGACCCUCAGUGUGUGGGCCGGCAAUGGCGGGCGCGCUCUCGCUUUCUGGCGUGCUGGGGUUGCUACUUGUGUCUGCUCUGCCUGGGGUCCUCGGAGACCGUGCCAACCCCGACUUCCAGGCACACCCAGGGAACCCAGCCCAGGUCGGCUCUGGGGCCACAGAAGCCCGGCGGCAGUCGCCGCCCAAGGACCAGCGCGAGCGGGCCAGGACUGGGGAGCUGCCUUUAGGGGCGCUGUACACCGCGGCCGUCGUGGCUUUUGUGCUGUACAAGUGUUUGCAGGGGAAAGAUGAGACUGCAGUUCUCCAAGAGGAGGCAGGGAAGAAGCAAUCGUUGCAGUUAGAGCAACAGCUGGCUCAGUUGACACAACAAGUGGCCCAGACAGAGCAGCACCUGAACAAUCUGGUGAUCCAGCUGGACCCCCUCUUUGAGCGUGUAACUACUCUGGCUGGAGCCCAACAGGAGCUUCUGAACAUGAAGCUAUGGACCAUUCACCAGCUGCUCCAAGAUAACAAGCCAGACAAGGGCAUGGAGGUUCCAGAACCAGGUAAAGGGUUGGGAGGUGAGUCUGGUGGAGGUGGAGACAAAGUCUCUGAAACUGGAACACACUUGAUCUUUCCCCUCACAGAAGCCAGCAUACCCUUUCCUGAGGACUUAUGUCUACAGGAGUAUGAGGAGGACCCUGUAAACUGGAGCACAGAGACAUGGAACCUAGCCACUUCCUGGGAGGUGGAGCAGGGGCUAAGGAGAAGGUGCAGCAGGGCUGCAGCAAAGGGCCCCAAUCACAGCCCCAGCCGGGAAGGAGGGACCACAGCUGAAGGUUCAUUAAAACAAAGUCUGUUGUUGUGACUGGGUGCUUCUGUGUGCUUUUUCCAUCCCAGCUGGUCGUACACACCCAUACUAGGUGCCUAAGGACAACUGGGCCUUCUUGAAAAGCUUCCCUUAUUAGGACAAAAAGAGGCUGCCUUCCAGUGUGAGAGCAGAGAAGAUAGAGGGAGCUCCAGUUCUUUUCCUGGUAUUCCUGAGGCCACCAGCAUGCCAGGCUUCGGGGCUUGAAAAUCCCUUUUCUCAUAGCAAAGCUGAGACAGAAAGAUCUUUCCAAGAAAAAAAAAAUCACUUUACUAAAAUCCAGUGAAAAAAUAAACUAUAGAAAC